AUGACGAGGAAUGAGGCGGGCAUUCGCUUCAGCUCUCUCACGAGCACCAGCACUGACAGCACCCUCAGCCGAUCCCCAGCCACGGUGAGACCUCCCAACAACACGUCGCCGGUAUCGCGCAAGUCGUCCACGUCUAUGCGCCUCAAGACGGAGGUCAAUGGAUCCCUCGCAGAGAAGUGA